CUAGCGAUUAGAAUUGUGCAAUCUUUAGCCAAUGGUAGCGUCUGUAACAUAUCAAACAGCUUAUCAGAUGGAACUGAGGUAGUCACUGAUUGGCUAAUUUUAUCUCCAUCAUGGCGGAAGGAAAAGUGGAACACGUUGUGGUGGAUUCGGGUGCUUUUAUAAGAAAUGCGCCCAUUCGGGACAUUGCAGAGAAUGUGUACAGUCUACAAGGGGUGGUCUCUGAGAUCAGAGACAAGGAGACCAGACAAAGACUGGAGGUGCUGCCGUACCAGAUAGCCUUUAAGGAGCCAAGUGUGGAGAAUGUAAGACAAGUGACUGAGUUCUCUAAGAAAACUGGAGACUACCCAAGUCUGUCAGCUGUGGACAUUAAGGUGCUGGCCUUGACCCUGCAGCUGGAGAAACAACAUGUGGGCACAGAACACAUCAAGACUGAGCCGGAGAAAAAGCCGACCUACUUUGCGACCCAGAAGCCCCUGGAGAGGGUUACAGACCUGCCAGGUUGGGUUGUCACAACUAAACAGGACAAAGAUGCAAAGAACAGCACCCCCCUCAUCUCAGAAGGUCAAGUUGAAGAUGAAGUCGUUGGUAAGGACACGGACAAGCUAAACAUUCUACAGGAUGGUGGCCAGACUGCCACUGAUGAGAAACAAGAUGUGGAAAUCACAUCCAACAAGUCAGAAGUGUUAGAUUGCUUGUCUGAGGGUACUGCUGAUAAUGUCUCUGAAGUGGAGGGACAGCUGCAAAAAUUAGAGUUGACAAUAGAAGGAAACAGAGUGGAGGAAGAGGACAUAGGGGAGGAGGAGGAGGAGGAGGAUGAAGAAGAAGAAGAUGAUGAUGAUGAUGAUGAGGGAUGGAUCACCCCCAGUAACAUCCACAAGCUGAAGAGGAACGCGACCUUGGGCUCCAUGGAAACCAGGGAGGUGAAGGUCGGAUGUAUCACCACCGACUUUGCCAUGCAGAACGUGUUGAUCCAGAUGGGCCUGCAUGUCAUCUCUGUGGAGGGCUUCCUCAUCAGGAGAGCCAAGAGCUACGUACUGCGCUGUCACGCCUGCUACAAGGUGACAAGUGAGAUGAUGAGAGAGUUUUGUCCCAACUGUGGCAACAGGACCCUGACUAAACUCACCUGCAGCGUGGACAGUGACGGGACCAUCAGAUAUCACUUCUCACGCAGACGACCACUUAACACUCGUGGUCUCAUCCACCCCUUGCCGGCCCCCCAGGGAGGGAAACACGCCCACAACCCCCGUCUGCACGAAGACCAGAGAGCACCCCAGCAGCGCGUGGCUCGGAAGGCGAGAGGGAAGACUGACGUGUGGACCGAGGACUACUUUGUUCACUCCUCGCCAUUCGCCACGAGGGACGUGAUGAGUCGGUCGGCGCACCUCGGUAUACGGGAGGGUCCCGGGUACACAAACUUCCGCAGUCGACAGAACCCCAACGAAGUUAAGAGACAUAAGAAGAGGAACAGGAAAAAGUAGUUAAAGCACUAAAACUACUGUAAAUACACAUCACACAUAAUUAAUUAUGCUUCUAACUUCUGACUUGGAAGUUAGU